AUCUUCUUCUUCUUCCUCUGAAUUUUCUUGCUCCAUUCUUUUUUGCUUCUUCCAGCAAACGUUUCACUCUUCUCUUUAAAACCAUGGCCGGUCUUCCUGCAUUUCCUAGGGAACCCAUUGCGUUGAACAUCAAUCCCACUUCUAUCAUCACAACGAUUCGAAAAAGUUUAAUGGGUGACAAAGAUUUGUACCUCGCCAUGGCCACAAUUUUCUUCUUUUUCUAUCUCUUGUCCAUCCGUGUAGUCUACGAAAUCACCGACGAUCUUGGGAUUGCACAGGGCUUUCUGACUUCAGGAUACACCUUAUUGCUCCGCGACUACCCUGAACUUCCAGAUAGUAUCUAUAUCAGCUGUGCGUUUACAGUUCUACUAGCCAUCAUGAACACGGCGCAGCCACCGCGAAAUCAGCCUUAUGACGAAAUCCAAUUGGAUCCGCUGGAGAUGCCCGCACUGGAGGAUGAUGAUGAAGAACAUUCCCAACUUUUACAGGCCGUAGUCAUUGUGAGCAUCGGCAAUACCGUCCCUACUACCAUUCCCGUUCCGGCGAUUGGACCGUCGAACCACAGAGCUGGACAUGGCGCUACGUUGUCCGUAUUUGCAAUCUCCAUAUCACUCUACAACCUCUGUCCUUCAUCAAGUUCGUUAUGGUACGCGGCCAUCGGUGGCACAACCUUGUACGUGGUGUUGCUGUUCAUCUCGCACUUUUGCACCAAUGUUCGCAUCUACAAGGAUGAUGAGCCUCCUCUACCUGCUACACGAGCGUCCUACUCUGUAAUUCUUGUCGCAGCCAUGUUUUAUUUCCCUUACUAUUACUCCACUAUCCAUGUCUUGAUUUACGUAUGCUCCAUGUUUGCCUUUGGGAUCUCCAUGUUCCAGCUCAAUUCUCCCAUGGACACUAAACACGCGGUUUACACCUUAUUCUUUGGUUUCUUCUCUGCUUUUGAGGCAAAUGGGAUUGGUAAUUGGCCUGAUUCUCAACGUUCCUUUUGGUGGGUUAUUGUGUUUACUAUCAUGUUUGCUAAGCUUUUGUUCCCCAUGAAUGGCAUCUAUAUAUAGUAUCAAUCUCAUUGAACUGUGGCUCCAUUUUCUUGUAUUUAGUUUUGAUUCUUUUAUGCCUUCAUCAAACAAUCACUGUGUUGUAGAUUAUGCAAAAUUUCUUACAAAUUAAAUCAUUCUCCAAACA